UCUGUUAGCAUGCUAAUGUGCAAAGCGAACUCUGAAGACAACUUUGCCUUGCGCGGCAGCAUGGAAGCGAACACGAGAAGAUAGUAGACAGAAUCAGCAACAAAGCUGAAUUUGUCGAGAAUCAAGCAGACGGACCUUAAGACACGUAGCCAGUACAUGUCCGCGUACAUUUGCUCCACUGAAAAGUGUAAGAAGUUUACAUGGAAUAACGCUUGCUGUGUGUGUUAACGUUACUCGAAUACAUUUGAAGCCGGCUUGAAAGAACAUUUAAGGACAAUGAAUCUGUCUUUUGACGACCAAUCUCUGGACACCCUGGACUCCAGUUUGACUUUCCACGACCCGAGUGAUAUUGACACGGCUUUGCUCAAUGACAUCGAUGAUAUGCUCCAGCUUAUCAACAACCAGGACAUAGAGUUUGGAGGGCUGUUCGAUCACGCUCCAUUUCCUGCCCCCUCGCAGGACCUCUCCGUCCUGCCCCACUCCAGCCCUUCCUCUCCUCCACCUGCUUCUUCUACGCCCACCAACACCUCCUCCAUCCUCAGCAGCAGCCCACACCUGGAUGCCCUGCUGGGCCCCCCCAUCACCCGCAGCUCCUCCAUCCCAGACAAGGUGUUCCACCCUCCCACUUUCCAGCAGUCGCCUCUGGCACAGGUGACCUCGACCCCUGCAAACCCCACCCCCCUGCAGACCACGCAGCCCAAAGCUCAGCCUGCUCCAUCUCCCAGCCUCCACCCUUCCACCCCGCAGGCCCCGAGCCAAGCUGCCCCAGCCGGGAAGAGCCCUGCGUUCUGCGCUACCCCGCAGGCCCUCUUUAGCCCACUAACACCCCAACCACAGCAGCAGCCCUUAGUCACUUACUCCAACCAGAACAGCUACACUGCCGUCUCUCAGCAGAGCUCCCCUCAGCCAAUCCCGAAUCUCCCCGCCUCUCCACAGAACGUUCAGCCAAUGGCCAUCAAAGCCCAGGUGCAGAGCCUCUCGGCUUCACCCAUCCUGACCACGUCCUCCAGCCCUCCCAUACAGACCAUCACCCCUCAGGUGCAGCAGGUUCCUGUUUUGUUGCAGCCGCAGUUCAUUAAGGCAGACUCGCUCUUACUCACAACUCUGAAGCCAGUAACAACAGUAACAACCGUAACUACAGUAGCGUCACCCUGCAUCUCAUCGCUGGCUUCAUCCACGGCCACAGUCCAGAACACCCCACUGCAGGCACUGAUGAGUGGAGGCACUAUCCUGACCACCGUUCCACUGGUGGUGGACGCAGAGAAACUGCCCAUCAAUCGCAUCACCAUCAGCGGGAAACCAGGCGGCCAGCCGCCUAAAGGCGAGAAACGCACGGCCCAUAACGCCAUCGAAAAACGCUACCGCUCCUCCAUCAACGACAAGAUCAUUGAGCUCAAAGACCUGGUGGCUGGGACAGAAGCUAAGCUCAAUAAGUCGGCCGUGUUGAGGAAAGCCAUUGACUACAUUCGCUACCUUCAGCAGUCCAACCAAAAACUCAAGCAGGAGAACAUUGCACUCAAAAUGUCCAUUCAGAAGAACAAGUCUCUGAAGGACCUUGUGAUCAUGGAGGUGGAUGUGAAACCAGAAAUCCCCACCCCUCCAGCGUCAGAUGUCGGCUCGCCUCAGUCCAGCGGCCCUUUCUCGCACCACGGUAGCGACUCGGAGCCGGACAGCCCGAUGGAAGAAGACAGCAAGCUUGUGGUUGAGAGGGCUGGAGGAAUGAUGGACCGCUCUCGCAUGGCUCUGUGUGCCUUCACCCUGCUCUUCCUGUCCUUUAACCCGCUGGCGUCCCUGCUGUGUGGCGGCUGGAGCAGCUCCGGGACGACUGUCUCUGGACACACAGGAAGGAGUCCGCUAGCAGUGCCGGAAGAAGCUGAGUCUUGGGGUUCGAUGGAUUGGAUGCUGCCCACUCUUCUGUUGUGGCUGUUGAACGGUGUUCUGGUCACUGGAGUUUUGAUCCGCCUGCUCGUCUACGGAGAACCUGUGACCAGACCCCACUCAGAAUCAUCCGUCCUCUUCUGGAGACACCGCAAACAGGCCGAUCUGGAUCUAGCCAGGGGAGACUUUGCUCAGGCUUCUCAGAACCUCUGGACGUGCCUCAAAGCUCUCGGUCGUCCUCUGCCCACGUCUCAGCUGGACCUGACCUGUGCGGUGCUGUGGUCCGCCCUGCGUCUGUGUCUGCAGAGACUGUGGGUGGGCCGCUGGCUAGCCAGCCGCGCCGGAGCCCUCCGAUCCAACCGCCCCCUGCAGGAAGAUGCCUGCAAGAGCUGCCGCGAUGCCGCAUUGGUCUACCACCGUCUACACCAACUCCACAUGACCGGCAAGCUCGGAGGAAGCCACCUGUCUGCGAUCCACAUGGCACUGAGCGCUCUCAACCUGGCCGAGUGUGCAGGAGACUGUCUCCCCGUCGCCACACUGGCGGAAAUCUAUGUGUCUGCAGCCCUCCGGGUUAAAACCAGCCUGCCCCGUCUGCUUCACUUCACUACUCGAGUGUUCUUGAGCAGCGCUCGGCAGGCCUGUCUCUCGCCCAGUGGCAGCGUCCCUCCUGCCAUGCAGUGGUUGUGUCACCCGCUGGGUCACCGUUUCUUCGUGGAUGAGGACUGGUCCAUACGCAGCACCCCUAAAGAGAGCAUCUACAGCCAGGCGGGGAACUCAGUUGACCCGUUGGCUCAGGUGACCCAGGCGUUCCGUGAGCAUCUGUUGGAAAAGGCCCUCUACUGCGUGGCACAGCCGCGAGGCGACAAGAGCCUCACUGAUGGAGAUGGAGAAUACGCGGACUCUCUGGAGUACCUGCAGUUACUCACCAGCGCCUCGGACGCAGCAGGAGCCACGACACAGUCCUUCGCCAUCGGCUCAAACAUGGCCACCAUUACAGGAUGUGACCCUCACUCCAAAUGGUGGUCGUCGGUUGCUGUGGUGAUCAUUAAUUGGCUCCAGGGGGAUGAUGGGGCAGCAGAGAGAUUGUACCCAGCGGUGGAGCACAUGCCACGCAGCCUUCAGACCGCUGAGAGUCCGCUGCCCAAAGCCUGUCUGAACACCUUUAAAGCGGUGCGCUCCCUGCUGGCCAAACCAGAGAGCUCCCAGCUCAGCCUCAGCUAUUGUGAGAGAGCCAGCGGUCUGUUCAGAGACAGCCUCAAUCUCGGCCCGCACUGCAGCACCAACACAUUAGACAAGCUGGUGCAGUUGCUGCUUUGUGAUCUGUUGUUGGUGACGCGCACUAAUGUGUGGCGGGAGCAGCAGGGGGCGUCCCAGCAGAGCUCCCCGACAGCCGCCUCGUCUGCAGAGCUGCAGGGCUUCCAGCAGGACCUCAGCUCGCUCCGCAAACUCGCCCAGAGCUUCAGACCGGCCAUGCGCAGGUUGUUCCUGCAUGAGGCCACAGCUCGGCUGAUGGCGGGAGCCAGUCCCACACGCACACACCAGCUCUUGGAUCGCAGUCUGCGCCGCCGCGCCACGCCUGGAAGCAGGACAGAAGAGUGUGAGGUGCAUCCAGGCCAGCGGGAGCAGGCAGAGGCCAUGAUUCUGGCGUGCCGCUAUCUGCCCCCUUCCUUCCUGUCAGCUCCGGGCCAGAGGGUGGGCAUGCUGGUGGACGCCGCCCGGACGCUGGAGAAACUGGGCGACAAACGCACCCUCCACGACUGCCAACAGAUGAUCAUCAAACUAGGCAGCGGAACGACCGUCACGUCCACCUAGUCAACUACACACACACACUUAAGAGCACUUUUACAAACACACCCCAAGAUCUCUCAAUCAAGAAUCAACACGCUCUUUAUUUCAGGCCUCAGUAUCAUCCACGACCGUUUCGACUUUCCCCAACAAUUCAGAACUGCAUAUUCAAAACCAAUGACGAGAUGAAGAAGAGGCAAUAACGGGACCCUCAUCCAAACGCAGUGUUGACAUUUUUGAUAUGAAAUUGAAUAUUUAACUUAUUUAUCUGCCCUAAAAGAAACUGAGGAGAUUGUUUUCUUCUGUGAGAUGG